CCACUGUUCUUGUUUACUUCCGGAUAUUCCAAAGGGAUUUCCCUCAAGUAGAUUUUCACUAAGGUCAAAUAUUUUGAGCUUGAUUAUGGAAGUUAAGAAGCUUGACAGUAUGGACAGUAUACCUCCAGAUGGAUGUUGUGCAUUUUUCUUACCGAAGAAGAGGCGAUUCUGCAAAUUUAGACCAAACACAGGACAAAAAUACUGUGCUGAGCACGCCUGUGUAAUGGGGGUUCAACUGGAAAGAAAAAGAAUACCAUGUCCUCUGGAUCCAAAACACACCUGUUAUGAAGACAGUCUGGAGAAACACUUAAAGAAAUGUAACAAAAGUGUAACAAAGAAUGCUGUUGAGGGCUACCACCAGCAGGGCAUCAACGCCGGCAAUGAUGACGGAGAUGCUGCCCCUCAACCCAAGGUGACUGUGUGUACUGUGAAGGAUGAGGAACUGCAAAUUCUCAUCGACAGAGUGAAUAAAUUAUACAACGAACACAUACAAGACAUCAAGACAGACAUCCUCAGCCACAGUUGUCUGAGGGAAGAGUUGGAGAAUCCUUCAUAUGGCACACCGGCACUGAGACAUCGCAAACAGCAGGCCUCGCUGGUCGGCCACCUAGACAAGCUGCAGCUGCUGAAAGAUGGCGUCUGCUUUGUGGAGAUGGGUGCAGGGAAAGGUCAGCUGUCUCACUGGGUCCAGCGAGCGGUGGAGAAGUGUGAUAAAGUUUCCUUCGUCUUGGUGGACAGAGGCACGAUACGAUACAAACUUGACAACCAGCACCGAGAAGAACAGGGACCAAAGUUUGAGAGGCUCAGGAUAGACAUUGAACACUUAAAUCUGGGGAAGUAUAACACAAUAUCAGCAGAUGACCACCGUCCAGUGGUUGCGAUGGGAAAACACUUGUGUGGUGCAGCCACAGAUCUAGCACUGAGAUGUCUACUUGAGACACUUCCCAAGUCAGAUGACAACCAAACCUGUGAACAAUCUCCUUCCAAGAAGCCCAGAACAGAACAUAAACACAGGCUGCCCUCGGGUGUAGUGAUAGCGCUGUGCUGCCACCACCGAUGUACCUGGAAGGCAUAUGUUGGCAAGGAGUUCAUGAAGCACUGUGGGAUAUCAGCCCGAGACUUCCAGCUCCUCAGCAGCAUGAGCAGCUGGGCCACCUGUACCUGGAAGGGCUGGAGGAAGACAGGCAUAAAGCAGCAGCCGGAGCAGAAGGACAGACCAGAGGAGGAUGUGGGGGACAGCACUGCAGACGAGCAUGACAUUGAGGCAGCAGACAUCAACAGCGCUCAGACGUCUGGGUUGAAGCUGAGUGAGACUGAGAGAGAAGAAAUUGGGCGACGGUGCAAGCGCCUCAUAGACUACGGACGCAUCAAGUACCUCCAACAUUAUCAAAUGGACAGCAACUUAAGGGAGUACAUCGACCACCACCUCACACCAGAAAACAUUGUCCUGAUCGCUAAACCUUUCAAAGACUGAGUGCACCAAGGCAGCAUACACAAUACUCAUAAAAUGUCAUUUUUUCUGGAAGCUUGAAAUCUGUCUUCUUUUGGAAACAGAAUACUGUAAUUGAUGACAAAUAUAUCUGUUCAUGAAAUAGCUUAUUUGUUUUUUGUCCUGUACCCUCUCACAGACAGUUGCGAUGACACAACAAACAUAUCUCCUAUACUUUAACAUAGAUGUAUGAUAGUCAUUGUGCCAUGACUGAUCUGUGAAGGGGUCAGUACUUACCAGCUAUGGUGACCAAAUCUCUGUGCUGCUCCUGUAAUCAAUUUAUAUUUUGAAUUGUCUUCGAAGUGAAUCAUGUUGCAUUUGUCAUUAGGUCACGACACAUGCACUUUACUGAAACCUAUCACGUGUGGAUCAGUGGGACGCCUGUAGCGGUGUGUAGCAACAAGUCAAAAUCCAAAUUGUGUGUAGGGAGCAUCACUGAGAUAGUAAACUGCAGCUACAUGUUGACCAGUUGUGUUGGUAUCUAAUGUACAUAACCUGGCUUGUAUUAAGUGUUGCAAGCCAUGAACAGAGGCGUGAUACAUCUGUGUGAAAUCUUCCUACCAGCGGGUGUCCUUGUAACUGUCAGCAUUAUCACUCUUUUAGCACCAGGCUAUGCUGAUUUCAUUUGCAGAACAGCACCCGGGUCGUUUGAAUAUGUUUCACUUGUUACUUGAAUUUAUUUUUAAUGAUUGGUUCAACGAUGACAUUAAAAUUUUAGUUUACAGAAUAUUUUUUCUACCUGUCCAGUCUGUAAACUAUUUUCAGUGAGGCCAUAAUAAAUAUACGUCAUUAGGUUUCUAUUGUUGCCCCCUUCACUGCCUCAAUCAUGUUAUAGCCCCCAAGUACCUACAGAUAAAGAAAAUCACUAUCUGGGUGCCUUCUUUCUUUACUUGAUGAAAUACACCACGCACUCAGUACUACCAAACAUUCAUGCUUCAUGUGAUUCACAAGUGUUUAUGUUCACAGAUGUCUUGAACAGUUUGUUAAAAAAAAUAAAAAUACAUAACAUGCCUCCUGCCUCACAUGUAAUCUAAUUAUAUAUUUUUUGUGGCCUAAUGAAAUGCAUUUAAAGUCAGUCGUUAGGGGAAGGACGGUAACCAUUUCAAUAGUUAAAUUUGGAAUGCACUUUUACUUAAACAUUUCUCUACAGUCCUGGACACAAACAAACCACUGUUUCUGGUGCUAACAGUGAUAAUCCCAUCCAUUUUUUGUAAGUAUUGUAAUUUUAUUUUUGUCUUUUUAUAAUGUAUUGACUUCAUGUUUAUGUGUGUCUAGAGGAUAUUGACAAGGAAUACGAUUUGUAACAUGUGUGCUGUGUGGCCAGGCUGGAAAUAAAACUUUUAAUUAUCAAUUCAA